AUAAAAAAAAUUGUUAUCGAAUGUCGACUGGCGAACAUGGCGUAUCGUCGUAUAGGAAUGUAUUGUGCUUGUCUCGAUAUUUCUUGGAGAAUUAAUAUUUCGUUCUGAAGUCGAUAGUAAAUUUUCGUCGAGUCUUAUUGUGAGUGAUUUGUUAUUGUUUAUAUUAAAACGGCGCAUCAUUUUCGAUAAAAAUACAUAAAUGGAAGUAAAUAGCUUUGCCGAAUUAAAAGAUGGCGAUUCAACACGGUCUCUCGUGUUAAUAGAAGCGCCAUCUAUUGUAGCAAUUACGAAACCGAAGUCGGAUGGAAAUAUAAAAAAAAAGCGUCGUCGCGGCAAAACAAAGCGAAAAAUUAUUAAACCGUAUCUGAAGAUCUCUUGGCAAGAAAGAAGAAAGAAUGAAGUGAGGAACAACACAAAAAGAAACAACCGAUUUCGUAAAAUCGUUUUAGCUAAAACUCAAGCGCCAUUUAACAACAAUCAAUUUUUGAUGGAAAUUCAUAAACCUGAACCAGAAAAUAAUAUCUUUAGGACACCUUCAGCCCGAACGCGUGAUUCAAGUUUCAGUAUUGAUUCUGAAGAUAAUAAUUAUUUUUUUCCUUUACCCGAGGAUGAAGAAGAAUAUUUGACGAAAGAGUUUUCUAGUGUUUAUGAAGACGCACAAUGUGAACGUUUGUCUAACAUGUCUAAGAAUGAACUAAUUGAAGAAUAUCUUCUUUUGGAAGCAAAGUAUGACACUCUUGUUAAAAGAGCGGAACGUUAUAAACCAAAAGACUAUGAAGAAGGCAAAAAUGUAGCUGUUGCUGACAAAGAUUUAAAAUCUGAUUCUGUAAAUUCAAUAAAUGAAAGAGAUCAUUCUAAUACAGAUAAUAUUAAUGUAGCAGAAAAACAGGCUUUAUCAGAUAUUUUGCAACAGCUUAAAGAUCAGGAAGAGCAAAUUAGGGAACUCCAACUAGCAAAUGAGAACUUGAAAGUCCAAAAUGAACAUUUACAACAACACAAUCAAACCAUGAGUGAAGAUUCUGAAAGUGAUAGUUCUUCCAGCUCGGACAGUUGCAGUACUUCAAGCAGUAACUCAAGUCCUCUUCAUGAACCAGAUGUGGUUACCAAUGAUGAUAACCUACCAAUCCAAGUGAAUGGAAUCGAAGAUUCUAACAUUGUGGAGAAUGGACACCACCAUGUAAAUGGUUUUCAUUCACCAACAGAAUAAAUAUAAGUUUAAUUCCAUUACAAACAUUAUUGUAUAUACUGCAAUAAAAACAGUGUAAGUAAAGAUUUUUUUAUAUCCUGAUUAAGUGCUAUUAAUUUCUUGAGCUCCAAUACCAAUUUUGUUUGGCAUAUUUUAUACUGUGCAAGUCAAAAUUAGUAUUGUGUUGUUUGUGGUACAUGCUAAUUUUACCAUAUUUGACUCAACUCAUAAAACAAAAAUUAUUGCUGACUUAUAGCUUGAAUAAGAAACCAGUGAAAUCCUGCAAAUAAUUCAGCCAGAGUUGUAUGUGUGCAAAGUUGGUUUACAAGAACUAAACAUGUGAACUUCCUAACAACACAAAAUCUGGCCAAGAUAUCUGCCAAGACUAAGCAUAUAAAAACCACAACAAACAAGCUAUUGAUAAUUUUGGAUAACAAUUAUAAUAGAAAUAUAAUUAUCACUUUAUAAUAAUAAAAAUAAGUAACAAAAUCAAACACUUGCUUUAGAUGUUUCAUGUUUUUUAAGAAUAUAUUUUGUAUACUAAAGGACAGAUAUUACAAAUAUUUAUAUUAAAAUAUAAAUUUUAGUCAUGAAAGAACAAGCAGGCAAUUAAUUACCGUUAUAGCUUUAUUAUUAUUUCGUUGAACGUAAUAUAGAGCUGGGUGCUCAAGAGUUUAAUGGCAUAAUUAUAUUGAAGUCUAACAAAAUUUUGCUUACCACUUGCAUAUUUUUCAAAACUAGAUGAAACAGUUUAAAAUAUUGGUAGGUAUAAUAAUCAUAAAAAUAUAAUUGUGAGAUCUCACUAGAUUAAGAAAAAAUCUGUGAUAUCAAUUUGGACGUCUAAUAAUAUUCAUUCAUACAUUCAUGACUUGCUUGCUAUAUGGAUAUUGUGUUUUAAUUUCAAUGAAGGUGUGAUUUUGCAUACCUCAAAUGUACCUAAAACUUGGCGAUGUUUAACUAA